AUGACAAACAUGAAAGCUAUUCAGCUUCAAGGACAAGCUCCUCCAAAUGUGUUUCUGAUCGAAACUGACAUUCCCAAGCCGGGUCUUGGAACUGUGCUAGUCAAAAUUCGAGCUUCUGCCAUACAACCUAGCGACUUGCUCAACGCGAAGGGUGGAUUCCCAUACACUACGUUUCCAAGAAUCUGUGGCCGUGAUUAUGCUGGCACUAUAGUAUCGGGACCAAGAAGUGGCGAAAACGUUUACGGGACUAGUGGAUUUACGUAUGCUUUCACACAGGACGGUUUCCAUGCAGAGUACGCUUUGGUAGCGGAAAAUGCAUUGGCUAGGAAACCUACAAAUUUGUCAUUUGUGCAAGCCGCAUGCAUCGGCGUUCCGUUCACCACUGCCAAGCUGAUUGCGCGUAAGACUGAGGUGAAAAGCUCAGACAUAGUGCUGGUAAUUGGGGCAAACGGGUCUGUGGGCUCAGCCGUUGUGCAACUGACCACAGCUCUUGGGUGUCGGGUCUUGACCGCAGGACGCAACGACAACAUGGAUGUCAAUACUGACAAGGACCCAGAAUUGGCUACAGUUUCUGCUCUCACGGACCAGCACGGUGUUGACGUCGUGAUUGAUACUGUAGGAAUUCCAGCCACCACCACAGCUGCGAUCAAGAACAUGGCACAUGGAGGAAAAAUCGCCAUAAUCGCAGCACCGGGAGAUGUCAACCUCACUUUCGAUAUGAAAGACCUUUAUCGACAUGAAAAGUCUGUCAUUGGCUGCAAUUCGCUCUCAUACGACGCACAAACCUUGGCUCUAGACAUGGCUCAAUUGACGCUCGAUUUCGAAAGUGGGAAGCUGCAACCUUCAAGAGACGAGGUGUGGACUACUGUGAGUCUCGAGAAAGCGGUGGACGUGUACAAAUUCGGCCCCAAGGCAAGGGCCAAAUUCGUGAUUGUCAUGGACCACUAA